GUCCAUGUCCCGCUUUUUGGCGUCAAGGUUCGAACUUCAAGUGACGAAAACGCCACAACAACAUCACUCGAAAUCCCGCCCAUCGUUCUACCCCCCGCCCACCUCGACCCGUGCCCGAGUCCAGCGGGUGGUAACGCUGCUCUCGGCUCCCGCGUCAGUAUGGAAUCGGCUGACAGUGGCCCGCCCCCUGCCCAUUCGCCCGGCCAGUCCCAUGAGCUGGCCGCCUUGGGUUUGGGCGUGUCUCAUAGCCAAGCGACGGAUUCGAUGCCAGCCAUGAACCCGGACACGCCCAUGGAUUCAGCUCCAACGCCCACGGACCCCAUGAACGAAGGUGAAGCCAACAGCUACGCUAUGAUCACGGCCGAUGGACAGACGGUGCCCAUCACCUACAAUCCUGAGACGGGCCAAUAUAUGACCCCCGACGGACAGCCCAUCGUAAUCCAGGAAGAAGACGAACAGCCACCCCCACCCGAGGAGCCGGAAGUGGAAGCCCAACCCGAAACCAAAGUGAUCAUCCCCCCAGAACCCGAACUCGUGGCCGCUGAGGUGUCGCCCGCCCAGCUCGAACCUGAGCCCAUGGUAGCGGAAAGUCAAACCGAUCCACCGCCGGAUACCACGGAUUUAUCCUCAUUAGCCGCCGCCGCCGAGACGCACUCCGUGUUAAAUGCAGAUGGCACAUUGUCGUCCAUGUCCUUGCAGAAUAUUCGAAUUCUUAACGCGGACGGCACUUUGAGCCUCCCGACGAGUUUCAGCAAUAUCACGGCCGGGGGUUUAGGGUCAUCCAUGGCCUUGAUGGAACAGCAUCAGUUGCCGCCCUCCACCGCGCAGGUCAUGACAUCAGAUGCUUCGGGAUCCAUCCAGAUUUUAAAAAUGGAACCGGGCACGUCGAUCCCUCAGCCUCAGCCGACCAUUCAAUCCCAGCCACAGAUUCGUAUCGUCAAUGCGGAUGGCACGAUCUCUAAUCUCACUGGCAACAUUAGGGUCAUUUCCAGCCAACAACAUAACCAACAACAACAACAACAACAACCACAACAACCCUCAGCUACGCGACAGAUCCGUGUGGUUCGAUCUGGAGGGUCUGGGGGCCUUCAGAUGAUCUCUCCCUCGAGUCCUGUCAAAACCAUGACCAUUCAGGAAGCGCAAGAGUUGGGUCUCUUGGGCACAUCGGCCAGUAAUCGAAUCUCCAAUAUUCGCCUAGCCAGUCCCAUGAAGAGUCAAACCUCUUCGUCCAAUCAGGUCCUUAUUCGAACCACGUCCCAAGGGGCAGGUUCGCAGAUGAUCCGCAUUCCCGCCUCCAGUGCGGCCUCUCUGACUGCUGGUUCCAUUCAGCAAAUUCAAGUUGGAAACAAGAUCCAAUACGUGCGAGUGCUUGGAUCCGCUCCAGCUGGACAAAUGGUUUCCAAACAACCGACAUACUCCGUCAAAGGCAAUACGCCCAUAUUGCCUGCCACGGCGAAAGCCACGCCCCUUCCUGUGGCCAUCAAGGGUGUCAAGCUCUCGGUCCCACCCAGCCCACAGAAGCAGCGGGCCAUUCUUCCCUCAGUCAAGGUCGAGUCGCAUUUGAUCGAGUCCCAGUCCAAUGCCAGCACUAACGCCCUCUAUGAAGCUUUCCUCAAUCGUAAAGAAGACCGCAGCAAGACCGCCCUUCAGAAUGAUUUGCUCCCUCUUCCGGCUUCUUUUGACGAGGGUGGACACUCAAUGGAGACAGAGGGCACCACCUCCCCCAUGCCCUCAACCAUGUAUGAACCCUCUGGAGUGAGGCCUCGUAAACCAUGUAAUUGUACCAAAUCCCAGUGUCUGAAGUUGUAUUGUGAUUGCUUCGCUAAUGGAGAGUUUUGCAAUAACUGCAACUGUGUCAAUUGCUUCAACAACCUUGACCAUGAGGAGGAUCGUCAAAAAGCCAUCAAGCAAUGCUUGGACCGGAAUCCAACCGCAUUUAAACCUAAGAUUGGUCGCUUGGCCAAUGACGGUGAGAGACGUCACAACAAAGGCUGCAAUUGCAAACGUUCUGGAUGUUUGAAGAACUAUUGCGAAUGCUACGAAGCCAAGAUCCCGUGCACGGACGCCUGCAAGUGCAUGGGAUGCAAGAACGUGGAGGAGGAAACGGGUCGCAAGAAGGAAACCGGACUUCGACAAAACAUGGAGAUCAAGCCUAGUCUCAAAGCCAAACUCGGCCAAGGCUUGGCCUCAAGUGCCAGUGCCUUCAGCAAAAACCCCAACGGCUCAAAACAACCCUUCAGUUUCAUCAAUCCCGAAGUCGUGGAGGCCACGUGUCAAUGUCUGUUGGCUCAAGCCGAAGAAUCCGAGCGCAAUCAGCAAGAUGAAGCUCAAGUAGAGUCUCUGAUCCUGGAGGAGUUCGGCCGAUGUCUAGUUCAAAUCAUCGAGAUCGCCAACAAAUCCAAGCUGCCUACCUCAACGAAUAGCGCCUCAGCGGCCAGUUGACCAACUCGACUCAUGCAUGAAUUAUAAUGACCAAGAUGAGGAAUUUAUUUUUGUCUAGUUUCAAAUCUAAUUCUAUCCAAAAUAAACAUUAGCGAAUAGGA